AUGCCGCUUGUGAGUCUGCUGCUCAUCGGCAUUGCCGCAUGGGGCAUUGGCUUCGGGCUGAUUUCCAGUCUCCGAGUGGUCGGCGUGGUCAUCGCAGUGGGCAUCUUCCUGUUCCUGAUUGCUUUAGUCGGGCUGAUUGGAGCCGUGAAGCACCAUCAGGUGUUGCUGUUUUUUUACAUGAUAAUCCUCUUGCUUGUAUUUAUUGUUCAACUUUCUGUGUCCUGUGCUUGUUUAACCCUGAACCAAGACCAACAGGGUCAGCUUCUGGAAGUUGGUUGGAAUAAUACAGCAAGUGCUCGAAAUGACAUCCAGAGAAAUUUAAACUGCUGCGGGUUCCGAAGUUAUAACCGAAAUGACACCUGUUUGGCUAACUGUGCUGAAAGUGGCCACCCCUGCUCACCGUGUGCUCCAAUAAUAGAAGAAUAUGCCGGGGAAGUUUUGCGAUUCGUUGGUGGCAUUGGGCUCUUCUUCAGUUUUACGGAGAUCUUGGGCGUUUGGCUGACCUACAGAUACAGGAACCAGAAAGAUCCCCGUGCUAAUCCUAGUGCAUUCCUUUGAUAAGAAAAGGAGAAUCAAUCAUUUUUUGAUCUUGUUCAAGUUCAGUAACUGUUAAGUUAAUUUGCCUGUUUAAUUGAAACCAUACCUGAAAACUACAUUAUUGACAAUGGGAUUAUAUUAUUUUGGCUCUUAGGUGACUCAUUUUUUUCCUUCCUUUUUCUGUUUCCAUUGCUGAAAGAAAAAAAAAAAAGGAACUUGUGGUCUCCUCUGACCCUCAGUGGUACCUGUAACCUCCUGAAUUCACAGUGUCUGCACUGUCCACUGUGGCCUUUCUUAGCAUUUGUACCUGCAGAAAAUCUUUGUAUAGCACUAUUAUGUUAAUCAUAUGUUGACUCUAAAUACCUAUUUCACUGGAAUAAUUUUCUUUAGCACUGUGCUGUGUAGAUAGAUCCUGCUGGAAAAAGAAUUGAAGUCUAUUAAACCCAGAAAGUUUGAAAUUCUAUUAUGUUAGAUUCCAUAAGGGAAAUCCAAAUUGCCUGGGGUUUUUUCUGGUCUCCUAGACAAAGUGUGUUGUGGUGAAAUUGGUUAGUAUGAAAGUGAUACUUUAGUUCUGGUAUCUUUUAUGAUUACACUAAUGUAGUGUAGAAAUAGCUGUGUCUUUUAGAAAAGUGUUGGCUUCAAGUUUGGUCUUUAACAAGUCAGUGCAACAAAGAAAAAUCUCAUGUGUAACAUUUACCUUCAGCCUUCAAAAUAGAUCAUGUUUGUGUAUUUCAGAAAGCAUAUAUGACCCUGAUUAUUCUUUUAUAAUAAUUUGAAGUCCAAAUGAUUGUAUUUUUAAACAUGUUACUAUUAAUAUAUGGGCCCAUGUAGCAAAAAGAUAUUUGAUUCUUAGAAAUGGUUAAAUAUCCUUUUUCAUGAAGUUUCUCAGUAUUGUAACAAUGAUUUGUCAAAUCUAAGCAUAUUUGAAUGUGACUGUCCACAAUUUGAAAUAGUGUUGUGUAUUAAGUUUAGCCAUUAAAGAGUAGAAACCUUU